UCUGCGCUGUCAGUGUAGCCCGGAUCACCGCGCAACUUCACUCUCUCUCUACACGACGAGACCAGCAAAGCCUGGCUGGUAUCAGACAAACACCGAAACACAGCCGAGUCUUGUCUUACAGGCAGUGCGUUUAUCUGGGUUUGCAUGAGUCGCGGUAUCAUUUUGUAAUCUCGAGUCCAGCGCGCGGAGCAGGAAUGUCCCGGAGGAAACAGAGCAACCCGAAGCAGUUCAAACGAGUGUGUGAAAAUGGACUUAAGACGGAGAUCUUGAAAGAAGAAGACGGGUCUGUGGAGGACGACUCGCUUUACUACUCUGACCCAGAGAACCUCAUCUCUAAAGAAGGAGAUCACUUGAGAAAUGGUGAAAUGGCUGGAAGUUUAAAGGUGGAACAACAAGACAUUGAUGGACAAGAAGAGCGAGUCCAACCAAGCCCACUGACAGCAGAGGAAUGGGACGGCCCAAGGGAGCUGAAAAUGGUUUGUGAAGGAGGAGAGAGAAGGAUUUGUUCUUGUCAGGCACUUCUGCUGGGCACCACAUGGGGACCUUUCCCUGGGAAGAUUGAGGCGGCCACAGGAGGAAGUGACAAGGUUUCGCUGGCUCUGAAUGGAGGUCCUCGCUGGCUGACGGACAUGAUGUGGGUCAGCGCGGAGGAUGGAAAGAGCAACUGCGCUGUGUACAUUAAAGGAGGAUGUGUGUGGUGUACCACAAGUAAGAACAUCAUGGAAGGAGACGAACUUUCAGCCUGUGUGGUGGAUUUGCACUGGCAUCUUCAAACACCAGCCCAAACUCAACACAAUCAAGGGAUGUAUCCGGCCCAACAGCUGGAUGGCAUUCAACUCCUUCCUCAGCAAGCAGCCAUGGCGUCCAUUCUGCCCGGCGCUAUUAUCAACAUUCUCAAGUCAGAUGAGAUAUCCACUGGAAGCAACUUAAAAUGCACAAUUUGUGACUACACUGCUGAAACUCUUAUGGUACUCCAGCACCACAUCCUCUCGCAUCUGUCCCAAACUGGCCUGAGAUGUAGUCACUGCCACUUCACAUUCCAAACCCCUAGAGAACUGGUCAAACACCAGGAGCUACAUGGACAUAUGGUCAACAAACUCAUAGAAGAAGACAAAGCUGAUAACUCUCCUAACAGCAUUGCAGGCAGUCCUCAACGAGUUAGACCAAAUGCAAACAUGAAAGACCUUCAAGAAUGCACAAUACAACAUGAUAUAAGUCAAAUGGAAAGUAGCCAGACAUCCACUAAGGGUGAAGGAAAUUCAGGAAACAAGGCUAGUGUUUCAUACUCCAGAGUAAAGUCAGAACCUUCUAGUCCUCGUUUAGCCUCCUCACCCAUUCAACACAACCUGCUUCCUGCCUUUCCCUUACCCCCCUUCAUACCACAUGUCCCAUUCUCACAGGAUAUUACAGUGGGCCCACAGGCAUCUGAGAUCCUAGCCAAAAUGUCAGAGUUGGUCCAUCGCAGGUUACGUCAUGGGGGAAACUCUUACCCUCCAGUCAUGUACAGCACGCUUGUGCCAAAGGGAGCAACGUGCUUCGAAUGCAAUAUCCCCUUCAAUAACCUUGAUAAUUAUUUGGUGCACAAGAAGUAUUAUUGCAACAGUCGCUGGGAAAGCACACAAAGGCCACACGACUUCCCUGGACUUCUGGAUAAACCAGCAGGCAGUGUAAGCCCUAAAAUCGGUGCUAGUUUAGCUGUCAUGCUAAAUUCCGGCCAUCCCUCUGAAGUGAAAGGGCAUGAGCCUAACCCUACCAAUCCUAUAGCAGGUGGAAAAGUGACAGAUGAACUGUCGGUUCAAGUUAAAAAAGCAUCAACCCCAUCUGGUGCACAGGAGAGGCCGAACGGUACACAACUGGAUUUACAAAACCAGAAAAUGCCACCCACUGAAACUGACCCCAACCACACAACAUGCGAGGCAUGCAAGAUCACCUUUAGUCGACAUGAGACCUAUAUGGUGCACAAGCAGUAUUACUGUGCCACUCGCCAUGAUCCUCAAGUGAAACGCGCAAACAACAAAGGAGCAGCCAAUCAGAAGACAGUACGUCCUCGUAAAAGAAGAAAGGCAUAUGAGCUGGCCACUCCUGAACAAGAACUAAUGCUACCUAUGGGUAUGCCAUCAUUUCUACGUAUGCCCACUAUAGGAGGUCCAUACAUGUCAAAAGACAAACUGGAUAGCUUCAGGGACCAUCGGAGGUACAACAUGAUCCAGGGGUUAGUGCCCAAAUAUCCAGAGGCUUCAUUGACAGUCACAAAAUCAGCUCUUGUGUCAAAAUGUAAUACAAUCUCCAAGGAAGAAGGUGAUGCACCUAUAGAUCUCAGUAAAAAAUGCAUUGCACAGUUUGGCAACACUCCAGUUUCUUCUAAAGGACUUAUGGAUUAUCAUGAGUGUGUUGUGUGCAAGCUUAGCUUCAACAAAGUUGAGGACUAUCUCAAGCACAAACAGAACUUCUGCCCAGGUACUAUUUUGCAAAACACUUCCGCUGAAAACAAAAUCAUCAAAAAGGAAGGUCCUAGAAAUACUAACAGCCUUUUAGAGAAACCCUUAUUUGAGCUCCCAGCUACGCAUGGAAAGAUUGAACAUCUGAACGCAGUGCCAAAUUUUGACAUCCAAGCUUCCAGUGAGGAACAACCAAUCCCACUAAAAGAUGACACUAGGAGCAUGUUUCAGCCCUCUGGGGUUUAUCCAAGACCUGCUAAGAAAAUGAGACCUGAUGAGCAAAUUUGGCCUUACUAUGAAAUCAAACCCACCGAUUACGCUACAGGGAUGCUGGUCUCACAAAGUGAACGAAGGCAGAGUCCAAAUGAGGGCAGUGAGGGGGAAAAAGACCAGCCGAUGCCUGAUGGUAGCCAUCUUAGCAUAGAUGACCCUGGGAACCAGAACAAGUCUUCAUCCUUAAAGGACAGCCUCGACCUCGAGGACAAGAUGGAAGAUGCUGGGAAUAAACAACAUGGUUCCCCUACACCGGAGAGCCGUAAGGAAAGCACAAUGUCUGUGCCAUCCUUAAAGACUGAGGAAGUCUCAACAAGCUUCAAGAGAUUGUUGAAUGGGUCCAUUGCAACCACAAGUAAUGUAAAGUACUGCCGUCCUUGUGACAUCCAGUUCAACAACCUCUCAAACUUUAUAACACAUAAGAAGUUUUACUGCUCGUCUCACACAGCAGAGCAUGUGAAAUAGUGGACCUGCACCCUGUCUUAAACCUAGUCCCCCCCAGUAGAGA